AUGACGUCGAUAGGAACAGGCUAUGAUUUGAGCAACUCCAUCUUCUCUCCUGACGGCCGCAACUUCCAGGUUGAGUAUGCUGUCAAGGCUGUUGAGAACGGCGGCACAUCCAUCGGCAUCCGCUGCAAGGAAGGUGUUGUCCUCGCCGUCGAAAAGGUCAUCACUUCCAAGCUAUGGAAGCCUAACGCCAACAAGCGCAUCGCCACCAUUGACAGGCAUCUCGGUGCUGUCUACUCAGGCAUGAUACCCGACGGCCGUCACUUCGUCGACCGUGCCCGCGAAGAAGCCCGUGGUUGGCGCGACACCUUCAAGACCCCCAUUCCCACCGCAGACCUCGCCGCCCGCAUGGGCGGAUACCUCCAAGCCUACACUCUCUACUCAUCCGUUCGCCCCUUCGGCAUAACCGCAAUCGUUGGCGGCUUCGACCCCUCCGUUGAGUCCCCCGUCGAUGGUGAGGUCGGCUCCGGCCCCAAGGUGGGCGCUGGCGGCAAGGACACCUCCAAGACCCACGGCGGUCCCUUCCUGUACAUGAUCGAGCCCUCGGGUCUCUACUGGGGUUACUAUGGUGCUGCCACUGGCAAGGGUCGUCAGGCGGCCAAGGCUGAGCUUGAGAAGCUUGAUCUCGCCGAGGGCGGUCUGACACUCAAGGACGCCGUCAAGGAGGCUGCACGUAUCAUCUACGUCGCCCACGACGACAACAAGGACAAGGAAUUUGAGCUCGAGAUGAGCUGGAUCAGCGACGUCAACGGCCCUACCAAGGGUCGUCACGAGGAGGUGCCGAAGGAGCUGCGUGAGGAGGCAGAACGGUUAGCCAAGAAGGCGCUCGAGGGUGACGAUGAUGAUGACGAGGACAAGAAGGAUGAUGACAAGAUGGAGGAGUAA